AUGGGUGUCUUCUUCUUCUUGGAUGAAGAACCAGAGACCUUCUUCUCCAAACUCUUGAUCUUGCUCACCAUCUUGUCCAUGGACUUUUGCAUUUUCUCAAUGGCUUUCCCUUGCCACUUGUUGAACUUUUGGAGAAGUCCAAUCCUCUUGUGGCAGCCACAACAGAGGGGUUCAUCCUUGGAGCCUCAUACUCCUCAAAGUAAUAGCACUCAGGCUCACCCAAAUCCGCAUUCACUUGGCUCGAUCCUCAGCUCGAUCGAGCUCAGGCUCCUCUUCUCGCAAAUCAUCCUCAUGCCCAACUAA